AUGGUUUAUGGGAAAGGAACAAACUGUGACAAAUUAUGGCGUGCAUGGAACACAAUAUUAAUCACAAUAUUACACAUAUUUCUUAUCUAUGUUGGAAUUAAUCGUUAUUUAGCUUUCAAAUCACAAGCAUUUGAUGCUAAAUUCGGUGGAGCCUGGGAUCAAUCAUGCAUGAAUUUCACGCUGGCUAUGCUUAUUACAACGUUAACAUGUUUUAGCCUUUUUCUAUUAUGUAGUCUCAUACGCACAUCGAAUUAUGCCAAUGAAGGUACACAGAUUGGAAGAGAUACAAAUAACUUGCAUCUGUUAAACUCAACCUGUGCAUGGAAAUCUGGACAACCAAUGAUGAAGUUAACAUCACUCACAGAUCAUCAAAACUGUAUUUAUCCUAAUGCAACAAAUGGGAAUGGGAAUGUAAUGCAAACAUUGAGUAGAAAUGGCUAUAAUCCUGGUGAGGAUGAUCAUGCUUCAGCUAUUGGAACAGAGGAUGUUCUACCUGGUCCUAAUUUUGACACUUGGUCAGGACGUAGUGGAGUGAAUCAAACACUGUAUAACUCUUAUGCACCGAAUAAUCACAAUCAUAAUAACACUUCUACUGUUCAACGUUUAAUCUCCAAUGAUAGCGUGCAGCAUCUGUCUUUUAAGCACAGCCUUCAAUUAUUAUGGCAAAGAUUUAAACGGAAUUUCCUACCAUAUUCAGUUGUUUUACAUUUGAUUAUGGCUUAUUGCCUGUUUAUUCCUAUACCACUGAUGCAAGCACAACAGAUAUAUCAUCGAGCACUACCUGUUGACUGGGUUUGGCGUUCUGAUCUGGAUGUCCUGUUUGGUCUACACAACGUAUUCAUACAGUCUACAGGUCACAGUGAAGCAUUAUCAUCAUCUUCACAGUCUUCAUCGUCUUCACUACCAUCUGGACAAACUUCUAAUCCAUCAUCAGGCACAAAGUUGGAUACUCAAGGAAUUCUUAAAGAAUCCCGCCUAUUAAACAAUGAUAAGUUAGCUUGGGAUGAUCUAAGAGCAAUAUCACCGGAAUUUUUCAAUUUAGCUAUCGCAUUUCUAGUGCUCAGUUUACGUUAUCCAAGUGUAUUUUGGUAUACAAAUCGUGGAUUUUCCUUUGUCUUCUCUUUACUUUUACUGCUGACUGGUGUAAACGCUUUACUGGAAUGCUGUGCAACAUCUAUACUAGUCCGCCUAGGCUGGAAUCAACAUUUACUACCACGUGAUAUUUGGCCUAAUGAAUUAAAACUUGUCACCUUAUCAAAUUUACCUGUGAAAGAUUCAAGUAUAGUAAAAGAUGCAGUCAAAUCGAAUGAACCCUUUGAAGAAAAGUCAGAUUUCGCAGAAAUGUUAAGUGUAGAAUCAAAUGUUACCCUAAGUAUUAUUGGACCAUUAGCUUUGUCAUUUUUUGGAAAUGUCCUGUUUCUUAGCCUUUUCAUCGCAGUAUUCGAGUAUGGUUAUCAUCAGUUUACAGAAAAUCUUGCAGCUUAUAGACAUUAUCUUCUUGGAUCGUGUAAUGCAAACGGUUAUCCACUAAUCAACGGUGGUCUUAUAGCAAAUAGUGAAUUAAUGGAGAGACGUAGUAACUGUGGUGUGAAUGGCAAUGGUUUAUCUUCAGGGAAUGUAUUCAAUCAUACAGUGACAGAGUCAAUACAUUCAGGUCAAAUGAGCGGUGGAAAAUCGAGUCAUUGUCUAGGCAAUGGUAAUGAUACAACAAAUGGUUGGAAUUCACGUAAAAUUCGUGGUUUUGGUAAUGGUGCAGAGUUGUUGCAUACUGGAUGUCGGUGUUAUUUGUAUUCAUAUACACCGCAUAUAUGCGCUUUAAUUGGUAGCUUAAUUGUAUUGGCGUUUAAAAUUCCAAUUAUGUGGGAUUGUAUCCUGGUCUACAAAGUAACACGACAUUCUAUUCUGUUAUUCAAUGUGAUCUCAGGAAUUAUUGUCAUAUUCGUUUGGUUUAUUGCUUGGUUCGCGUUUACACUGAAACCAGCUUGGAAAUUUCAAGUGAAUCUCCCGUUGCAAACUGUAUCAUCUCCAGGAGUUAUGACAGCAGGAUUUCAGCCAGUGAAUUUUAUGCCACCAAUCAAUUAUCAACCAGUAAACGAUAUGAUACACAAUUCAAUGCUCAAUAGUCAAAUAAGACAAACAGCAACACAGGCAACAAACUAUGGACUGACAAUGAAUGGAACAAAUAAUCGGUUGACUGGGACACUGCAUAAUCCGAAUUCAACAAAUAUUCACACACAAAUGACUUUACUCGGUUCGACUGACGAUGGUUUUACGCAUACUGAUGUUAAUGGUGGACAAGCAGUCGGUGUACCAUCUAGUCCAAUCUAUGCAUGUUUUCAUGAUAGAAAUACCGGCUUUUAUGGCAUAUCUGCUAGUGCAUCAAGUAUUGGCUUGCCAGUGAAUGCACCAAUAUUAGUCAGUCCAGAUAUGAUAAAUACUAAUAAUAACAACAGCAAUACUCUUGGUAAUCAUAACAAUGUUAAUAAUUUACUCACUUCACCGAUUGGACCUAAUCAUCAGAUUAACAGUAAUGCAGAUUCACGUAAUGGAGAACUUGGUAGUGAAGAUAUUGAAGCCGGGAGCCGACAAAGUGGAGGAAAUAAUUAUGUUUGUCUUCAAAGUGCACUGAAUUCAAAUAAUGUGCCGAAUUUAAGUCAAGGUAUUCUUGUUGCAGGCAACAUCAAUGCUUCUAAUAAUAAUAACAAUAAUACUGAUGGAACAACUUUACCUACACUAACAACAAUCCCUAUGUCAUCAUCAUCAUUACCUGGUCAAGUUCAAUAUCCGACGCUGAAUUUAUACUCAGGACGUGUCAACACUAACAACAGUAAUAAUGCAACCACCAAUACUCAAAUAUCAUCAAGUUCAUCAGGUCAUGGGGGAGUGGAUGAUGAUGGUGAGAAUUCAACAAAUACAAUACAACCUACAAAUAAAGCGUCUACUCAAGGGGGGACAUCGUAUCCAGGAUAUGGCCUUACAUCUCCAAAGGUGUCACAUUCGAAUUCCUUCUCAUUAUUGAACCGUUUUCCAAAUGUCACAACUGAACAAUACGGGAAUUUUCCAAGAGCUGGUGUUUCAAAUGAACCAAGUUACAUUAGGUCGCAUCAAAAUAAUGCAACAUCUUCAACUGGUGUUGAAAGUGGCUUAAUGAAUCUAAUUUCACAGCAUAAUGACUCUUUACCACCAAUUAAUAUUUCAUCGUCUUCAAAUGGCCCACGGGUAACUUUCAGAGAUGAUAUAAACUCUACUAAUGGAACUGCUUCAUACACCCCAAAUGGACCAACUUUAGCACAUACGAAUCUAUCGGAUAAUAAACCUACUGAGGAGAAAACCACGGAGAAGGAAAAGCCCGCUCCAGUUACAUUUGGUAGUGGCCCAUAUGAUAAUGCAUUCCCGACAACAUUUCGCUCUAGUUUAGUGAUUAAAAGUCAUUUACAAGGAGCUAAUAAAAGUCCAGCAGAACACUCUGAGUUAAACAAGCCAUCGUCAAAUUCAUUCAUGAAUAGUUCAGCCUACAUGAGGCACGGUAAUGGUAGUAACAGUAACAAUACAAAUUUAUACUCUUUAUAUCCAAAUACAAAUGUUAACCAGACAAAUAUUUCAGAGAUGAUAGAAGGCACACUUCAUAAUGGAAAAAAUAGUAAUAGUAGUAGCGAUAAUAAUAAUAACAGUCAUGUUCCCAAUCGACUGGGUGGCAAUAAUGGCAAUGGUACUAAUAAUAAUAAUAAUGGUUUGAUGAUUGGCGACACGUUUGUUGUUAGUGGACAGCCUAGUUCUAUGGAAGAAUUACCGUUAUUACUGUCAGCUCAUUUAUCGACUGAUGAAACCCAAGAGACUAGACUAUGCAGCCAAGUAUAAAGGAUGAUAAUUCUACAAAUUUAUUUUAGUUUAUUUCUCGUUAUGCUUUCAUAAAUCAAGUGUAUCUGUUGCAUUUAUUUCAUCUUAACGUUUUCUCUCCGCAUCACCUCUCUCUCUCUCAUUCCAUCUUAUGCAGUCAUCUUGCUGAAUCUUAUUAUUUGUAUUGUGUUCCGUAAGGUAUUUCAAUGGAACAGACAUUAAUUUCCUAGGGAAAAUCUAUAUGUUGACUGUGUAUGCUGUUACUGUGAUUCCACGUCAGGCUUCAAAAUACCACUGAUGAUAAUUAAUCGAUCAGUUUGUGUUUCCCAACCAACCCCCCUCCACCCCAUUUAUUUCACUGUAUUGUAUUUCAGUGUUUCUAUUGUCAUGGCUUUCUUACGUGUAUUCCUGUGGAUGACAUAUAUAUAUAUCAUUCUGCUCAAAACCC